GUUAUGAUGCUCCUUGUGUUCAUUCAUUGUAGCUAUAUUGCAAGUAUUAACAGAUGCUGUAUUUUGUGCUGUGUUUUUCCAUCAGUUUUACCUCGUUCUAUUCAUGAAAUACAUUUGGGUUUCGAAUGUUCACCCUGGCUCUGAAGAUUUAUUGAAUGCGAGGUUAACUACUCGGAUAGUGAUGCAACACAGCCCACAGCGAGGCCGAGACACCGUGACAUCACUUUCCUUCCCCCGCGCCUCCGAUUACUUUUUGCGAAAGAAGUACAACAUACAUAUACAUACAUAAUAACCAUAUUCCCCGGGCUUCCCUUUAUCCCAAUUAUUUAAUUCAUUUUAGAUUUUACGUUAAACGUUUCUGUUGUAAAAGAAAACACGCAAUUGAAUCUACAACAAUGAGUCUUUAAGCAAUCUUUGUAAAAUUGGGACCAGCUGCAUUGUAAUAGCUCCCUAUCGAUUCUGAACACUUUAAGUCUCGACAGCGCGCGCACGCGCCACCUUUCAGUUGUGAAAGCGCAGCUUCAGGCGUAAUGAGAAGCAAUCACGUGAUGAGCGGCAGGUUUGUUUCAGUAACGGGACGGGGUGGGAAGAAGUAAGUGGGCCGGGAACGAGGUACGGGAAACAAUGUAGAUGAAACGGCAAUUUACAAGCGUGCCCAUCCGUAUUUUGCAAUUGACGGAGGCCUUCAUUUUAUCUGCCAGUACUUUGAACAAAGCUGGUGAUUUUUUUUCUUUCCCGCAGGAGUUUGCUCAACGCCGCUGGUGCCCAAGACAAAUUCGGAGAUAGAAAUUGUUUACGAGCUCGGGGAAUUUUUUUUUUAUUUUUCACCCGUUCAAACAUUGCUUAAGAAUGGACAAUUCGGCCGCUUUAAAAUUAAACAACGAGCAGACCGUAAUGAACGAUGAUCCUGGCGUCGAGUAUCGCAAACCGCUGUUGAGGCACCCAGGUUGUAAGAACCAACAGGACCACGUUUGUGGCCAGGAGGCAUCGUUAAAAGAAGACCACGCGGGCUUUUUUUUUGUUUCGCGGCCGGGAGAUCCACCGACAAUAUACGGCCAUGGAUUAAACGUAUUUAAUGGGCGGUCAAAUGUUUUGACAGUGGGACAUUAACAGUGCACACAGCAUAAUUGUUUUUCAAUAUUGUAAAGCCUGAACAUCAAUGCGCUUAUUCUAUUAUGCGAUGAUUGCAUUAAUGUCGGUCUUCAGAGUAUCCCGAACAAUGGGUAUCCAUGACUAUUUAAUGCGUCGUUCCUGAAAUGUUUGACCAACCUCAUAUAUAACAAUUAAAAUACACUUCGUUAUUUAGAGGAACCUUGUAAUUAAAACAACGUCUGUAGGUUGUAUGUUUAAUUACUGAAAGGAAAAAAAAAUCUAUAUAUUGGCCUAUGGACCUUCGAAAUGAAUGUCCCAAGUAGCAAUUAUUUAAACUAGGCCAUCUGUAUGUUUUAUUAUUAUUUUAUUUCCAUUCUACGUGACUUUACCGAAAGAACCAAGAAGAUGAAUCUGUAGCCAGUUUUGAUGUCAAUACGUUGCAUUGGUAACAUGUGGCCUCUUGAAGAAUAAUUUUGUUACCGAGAAAAAAAAAGCCUCACUAAAUCUCAGGAGUAUUUAGUUUUUUUAAAAAAUAGGGUCUUGUACUGGCAUGUUUGGCACAAACCAUGACUGAGUGUUAUGAAAGUGGAAUCGAAAGAGGAGUACCUGGAGAAAAGCCAAGCAUUUGAGGUGGUGAUAACCAGCACCGCUAUCUUCCGGCCACCUUGGAGCUCUACACAACACCUGGCAAGCCCUCCUCCCCCACCGGUGGUCACGCAUCUCAGGAUUAACCAGGGUCAGACAUGCUUAGCUGCUGAAGUUUUUUCAAAUAGGGCGCAUUCAGUGUGUGAUUAGGUCAUAGGAAAAGUCCACUGCCCCUGGAUACCCUGAUGUCACGGGCAGAAGUCAAUGCCAAACAAUCUGAGGCCCACAAUUGAGUUGCAGCUGUGGUUAAACAUGGUUAGUGUUUUUUUGGUUGCUGCUCCAGCAAUUUUUGCAAACGCAAUAAUAACAAAUAGUAAUACUAUAAAUGUCCAUCAUUUGCCCCUGGUAUCUCAAUUGAGCAUUGCAGUGGCGAAUUAGCGCGAUAUCACGGCAAGUAGUCAGUGGGUGUAAAAAGAGCUUACAGAAUCCAGCGGGCUUGAGUGACAAUCUUAAACCCAGGAGCCUAGGUAGAGGAAGGGGCUUUGUUAAGCCGUGAGCAAUUUUCUGACCUUGCCAUUCAGCAGGCUAAUCUGCCCUGGAAUUCUCACACAAGCCACAUUUGUACUGAAAGGGGCGGCAUUGGAAUGAACCAAGUGAGAGCUUCGCUGUGGGUGGGACUUGGGAAUUUUUCGCAUCCCCAACAGUUUUUUUGGUUGUUGCCGUAUUCGUACAUUGCUGACUGGACCAUAUUUCAUGCAAAACAGGAGGUGGUUGCGGGGGUAAAAAAAAAAACCUUGAACAUGAUUACACAGUAAUGUGAUGUAAAUGAGAUUCAGUGUGUAUGUGUGUGCGCGCGCGCUUCGGUGUUACGGUGCCGUACGUCGGCUUGGCAGAUGGCACGGCAUUGUAAGUGAAACACCCCUGCAAGCGGCAUUGCGUUUCCCCUGGCCCAGACGCUGACAAACCCCCCACCAGCGGAGACCGGGGCCCCUCAUUCACCGCUGCCACGGGCGCAGUUUCCCGGCGGCAGCUGAGCAAGCCGCAUCGCCUUGCUCGUCUCCCCGCCCGCUCGCUCUCGCUGCCGCCGUUGCAACUCUGCCGCACGUUUUGCUAUCCCGGAGCCAGCGCUCGCCAAAAGCCGUGGUGGUGGCAGCGGCGGCUCCUCGGUCAGCCGAGCCAAGAGGAAAAGCCCUCCGUUAAACACAACAUCGCCAUUUAACUCCUUGCUCUAGAUGUAGUCUCCAGUGUAAGAUCGCGUCUGCAUUUUUAAAGCCCCUUAAAAAAACAUAUCUCUCUCUCUGUCUUGCCCGCCCCACCCCCUCUUCUGGUUAUUUGCUUAUUUUUGUCUUUGUUCUUUAGCCAGGCUGAACUUGCCCUUAAGGUGUGGUGAGUUUUGCGUGGAUGGGGUUCGUUUUUUGGGGAGGGGGGUGAAAACGGAAGAAAGAAAAGGAGCAUGUGGGCCUUUGGGAGGCAGAUGCAUUUUUCUGCUUAAAAUUUAAAACUUGGAAGCUGCUUCGCUUUGGCUGCCACCCAGCUGGCUUCUAAACCGAAGGGCAUCUCGCUUGCUCUCUCCUCCACAUCAGCGGGAGCGAAACUCAAUUGAGCGCCCCCGAGUCGGCAGACGCGAAGACUUUUCAUGCCUUUGGAUGUUUUCGACGAUGCUCUGCGGGCUGCGGAGAGACCUGCACUCGGAGUUUGACGAUGGACCCUAUGCACGGGCGAGCGGGCUGGCACGCGUGGAUGGCACGGUUGCGCUCAGACGCCACAGCAUCCCAGAGGAGCUGCGGGGCAGCACCAUGGUGGAGCUCAUGAAGAAGGAGGGCAGCACGCUGGGGCUCACGGUGACGGGCGGCACGGACAAGGAGGGGCGGCCUCGCGUCUCCAACCUCCGGCCCGGAGGCAUCGCGGCACGGAGUGACCAGCUCAACGUGGGGGACUGCAUCCGCACAGUGAACGGCAUAAACCUGACGCGGCUGAGGCACGACGAGAUCAUCAGCCUCCUGAAGAACGUGGGCGAGCGAGUUGUGCUCGAGGUGGAGUAUGAGCUGCCCCCACUCGCGCCUGACAGCACUGCUGGAGUGAUUGCGAAGACCAUCGAGAUAACGCUGUACAAGGAAGGCAACAGCUUUGGCUUCGUCAUCAGAGGUGGCGCCCAUGAACAGAGGCACAAGUCGAGACCCAUCCUCGUGACGUGCGUAAGACCGGGCGGUCCUGCCGACCGGGAAGGCACGCUGAAGGCGGGCGACCGGCUUCUGAAUGUGGACGGCAUGAGCCUGCACGGCGUGUCGCACGCCGAGGCGCUGGCGAUCCUGCGCGAGUGCGGCCAGGAGGCCACGCUGCAGAUCGAGUACGACGUCUCCAUCAUGGACUCCGUGACCAAUGCCUCGGGGCCGCUGCUGGUAGAGGUGGCCAAGACACCAGGCAGCAGCCUGGGAGUGUCUCUGAGCAGCCCUGGGCACCUCCACAAGCCGACCAUCAUCAUCGACAAGAUCCGCCCAGCCAGUGUGGCCGAGAGGUGCGGCGCCCUGCACGCGGGCGACCAGAUCCUGUCCAUCGACGGCACGGGCAUGGAGCACUGCUCGCUGCUGGAGGCCACCCAGCUGCUGGCGAGCGCCACGGACAACGUGCGCCUCGAGAUCCUGCCCAUCCGGCAGGCGCGCCUCGCGCUCAAGGGGCCCGAGCAAGUGAAGGUGCAAAAGAGUGAGAGGCACCUUUCUUGGGACCCACGGGCCUCCCACUUCCACACCUACCACCCAGGUGACGGCCGAGUGAGGGAGCGCCUUCCUCCUCCUCCUCCUCCCCCGUCCCACCAACUGCACUCCAUGGCGAUGGUGUCGGCCACGUUCUCUCCGACCUCCAUGAGUGCUCACAGCAUCAGCUCGCUUCACCCGAGCAGCCUGGGCCGCGCGACGCUGCCCCUGGGCUCGCGCAGUGCCUCCGUACGUCGCCGCGCUCGCAAGAAGGACUACAAGAGCUCGCUGUCUCUGGCGUCGAGCAGCCUGGGCCCCGGCGGGCAGGUGGUGCACGCGGAGGUGAUGGAGGUGGUGCUGUACGGGGACGGCCUGGGCAGCCUCGGCGUUCAGCUGCAGGGCGGCGUCUUCAGCACCGAGGUGCUCAACCUGCCCCCCGUCGUCAGCUUCAUCGAGCCCGACAGCCCCGCUGAGCGAUGCGGGGUGCUGCAGAUGGGAGAUCGGUUGCUGGCCGUGGGCGGCGUCCCCACGGAGGAGGCCACGCUGGACGAGGUGCACCAGCUGCUACGGGAGGCCGCGGCCGGUGGCCGCACGCGCCUGCAGGUGGAGUUCGACGUCGCGGAGUCCGUCGUUCCCAGCAGCGGCACGUUCCACGUCAAAUUGCCCAAGAGGAGAGGAGUGGAGCUGGGAAUCACCAUCAGCUCGCCGGCUUACCGCAAGGCAGGCGAUCCACUCGUCAUCUCCGACGUCAAGAAAGGCAGCGUUGCACAUCGGACGGGGACUCUGGAGCCGGGGGAUCAGCUGCUGGCGAUCGACGGCGUCCGUCUCGACCACUGCUCUAUGGAGGACGCGGCUCACAUCCUGCGGCAGGGGGAUGAGCUCGUGAGACUGAAGAUCCGCAAGGACGACGACAACUCAGACGAGCUGGAGGGCACGGGCGCCAUCAGCUACACGGUGGAGCUGAAGCGCUACGGUGGGCCCCUCGGCAUUACCAUCUCCGGCACCGAGGAGCCCUUCGACCCCAUCAUCAUCUCGGGCCUCACCUCCGGCGGCCUUGCCGAACGGACCGGAGCCAUCCACAUCGGAGACCAGAUCCUGGCGAUCAACGCCGUCGGCCUAAAGGGGAAGCCGCUGAGCGAGGCCAUCCGCCUCUUGCAGACGGCGGGCGAGACCGUCACGCUGCGCAUACGGAAGCUCGCCGAGCGCCCCUACCGCGCGCUGACGGGCGGCGCGGGCGCCCUGGCCGAGGGCAGCGACGGGGAUGAAGAGGAGGACGAGGAGGAGGAGCUGGACAGCGUGCGACGCGCUGCCAAGAUGGCCGAGCUGCUGAGCGCUGUGCCGAGCCUGGACAGCGCCACUGGCUCAUGGGACGGCUCGGGCACGGACAGUGGAUACGGCACGCAAGGGAACGGAGUUGGCUCCGCUCGGGGUCUGCUGCAGCACUCGGCCACGUGGAGAGACGCGAGGGACACGCGGGACGCGAGGGACGGGAAGGAAAACCGGGGACCUCAGUCCCCUGGUGGCAGCGGCGGCGGUGGCAGCGCGCGACCCCGGGGCUGUGAGAGGGCGCUCGGCGAUGACGAGUGGGAGCGGCACACGUCCGGAUUGACCGGCAGCUGCGAGCGCUUGGACGGCGAGCGGGAGGACGCGUACUGGUCGCAAGCCCUGGAGGACCUGCAGACGUGCGGCCAGGCGGGGCUGCUGCGCGAGCUCGAGGACAAAGUGGGAAGCCUUUUGAACCGGCAGGCUCUGGCUUUCAUGGCCAGCAUCAUGUCGGGCAUGUCUCCACUCUACGCGAAACCAGACGACGAUGACGAACCCUCGCCCGACGAGCCAGAGGCUCCGCGGCCGCGAGGGCGCACGGCCUGGCACGACGGCAACGGCGCUCGGCCACGAAAGGACGCGCACACGGGAGGCCUCACCUCCUGGGAGCUCAAGGAGUUCCAGCGCCAACUGAAAGACAUCAUGGCGCCAACACCCGUGGAAAUACACAAGGUGGUGCUGCACAAGGAGGAGGGUGAAGACUUUGGCUUCUCCGUGUCGGACGGGCUGGUGGAGCACGGCGUCUUCAUCAACGCGGUGCGGCCCGGCGGCCCUGCUGAGUGCAGUGGCCUCCUGAGGACCUACGAUCGCGUACUGCAGGUGAACGACAUUCACACGCGGGACUAUGACUGCUGCCUGCUGGUGCCGCUCAUCGCCGAGUGUGGCGACACGCUGGAGGUGGUCGUCAGCCGAAACCCACUGCUGUCUCACCCUCCCCAGCAGCCGGCGCCGGCCCUCCCGGCCCUGCCGGCGCCGCCCAGCCCGCCGAGCCGCGUGCGCCCCGAGCAGCGGUCGCUGGAGUGGAGCGCGAAGGAGGGCGCCGCAGGCGGUGGCGAUCGCCGCCGCCGCUGGGAGGAGAAGGCGGGGCCCAUGAACUUGUGAGCUGUCGGGGGAGGAGGGCCGAGGGCCAAGCGGCGAGCAGCGUAGCCAGUGGGGCGUGCAGGCGGUGCGACCGCGGCACGGGGAGGGGUUGCGGGCUAGGGUUGCCAUCUCUGAGGUACAACAAAAAACCAGGACGUAUCCUUGACAGAAGAGAAUAUCUCAUAAUUCUGGAAUAAAAUGCAUUGGGCUGACCGCUGAAUGAUUACGAUCUGCAAAAAAAAUGGAACUUUUGAAUCUGGCCUAAAAAAUCCAGAUUUGCCUUAGACAGCUGCCUCAAAAAGAGGAGGAUCCUGGGAAAACCAAGACAGGUGAUAACCCUAACCGAGGUCCACAGGACGGAGGGGACCUGGGCGUUGGGCUGCGACUAGGAGCGAAAUUGGACGUGAGCCCCCAUUUAAUUCAUUCUUCCGGGGCCCAUGCCAACUGAGCUACACCACUGAUGAAGGCCCCUUUGCUAACUGGCCCACCAAUCACCGUUGUGCAUGACUCGUUGAGAAACUUUCGAGGAGACACCAGUGGUUCCGCGCCACCCCAUCAGAGCCAUAAUUAAAUGUCUUGCCCAUCCCGAUUUGGAGAGACACGGCUCAGCUUGCUGACCCCUUGACUGAUGAGAUUUCACAAGGCCAAUUGGCAUUGCUGUUGGGAUGGAUGCAAAAAAAAGCCAGUGGGUUUGAUGAUGUUGUUGGCCUUUGUGCAUAUUUUGUUCUCUGACAAAACGGAGCCUGCAGAGAAUGGGUAAAAAU